AUGAUAGAAGGAGAAGAUAUUGAAGGAUCCCAAAAAGGACAGAUUCUGGAACGUCGGUACUACGCUGAAGGAGCCGCAAAGCACCACUCUCAAGGAGGAGGAGGUAGCAACCAGAAUCUGACAAUCUUUGCCAAACACAAGGUCGUCCGAGGCAAGGAAUCGCAAUUUCAGCAAUGGGCCAGGGAAAUCAAUGCCACGUUAUCCAAAUUUGAAGGCUACCAAGGGGUUGAAAUCGUUCGACCGACAACUUGCAAGUCUAAUGAAUAUGUCAACAUAUUUCGAUUUGACAAUUACGAACACUUGCAGCUCUGGAUGGAUUCUACAGAGAGACAACAAUUCCUAGAGCGCACCAACGAAUUUGACGAAGAACCAAUAGAAACAUCCUAUCAUUCCCUAGAGUAUUGGUUUGUUCAAGAUCAGACCGAUGUUGGGAAACCAGCCCCAGCGCCACCAAGCAAGCAAAAAAUGGUGGUCGUUACCUUUUUGUUGAUUUGGCUCCAAGUCCAUUUCCUUGGGCCAGCCUUUGGUGGUCUUGACAUCCCCCCUCUAUUGGCGGAAGCUUUGACUGUCAUAACAGUUGUGAUCUUAACGACCUAUAUCUCGAUGCCAAUUACCACGAAAUACCUUUUGCAUUGGUGGCUUUUUCCCAACCCGAACAAGGUCUGGUACUGCUUUGAUAAGAAAGGGAAAAAGGAUGGUGUGGUACCGUCACAAGAUCUGGUCAAGAAACAAUCAAUGCAAACAACAAAGUCAAGUCUAGAUGAUGGUACCCCGCGAGAAUUUGCCUUCAAGUGCCCCGAUUCGGCGGGUCGACCACGUGAAGAAGAAGUCGAACAAGUUUGA